AUGGCUAUGGUUCUGGGAGGAAAGCACCGCUGGAACGAGAUGCUCUUUCACGACGUCCAUCACGCUUUUCCAAAUGCUGUCGGCACGCUCAGCCAGCGCGGCCGCUUCCACGGCUGGGAGAAGGUUCAUGAUGCAGCGGCAGAAGUCCUGCAUCGAGGGCUCUGGAAGCCCAAUGGUGAUGAGGAGACGCAGAUGCAAAAGACCCAGAAGAAGCGCUCCAUGAUGAUGCAGCAGGGCAAGUGA